CCACCACUCCAAUUUCGCCGCUCUCUUUUCUCUCUCCUCUGCCUCCUCCUCCUUCGCUUUAUCUAUCUAUUCCUCUUGCACCAUAUCAGGAUCCUCCUCCUCUUCUUCCCACCGAUCAAACUAACAAGGAUCCAAACACAAACACAAAGCACGUUCUUUUGUCUUUGUCUUCAUCUUCGGUGAAUGAUCACUGAUCACUCAUCAUCAUCAUCAUCAUGGGGGUGUUACAGGAGAAGCUCUCUUCCUUCUACAAGAGCCGGUGGCUAGUGUUCGUGGCCGCAAUGUGGCUGCAGUCGUGGGCGGGCAUCGGGUACUUGUUCGGGAGCAUCUCUCCUGUCAUAAAAAGCUCCCUUGGCUACAACCAGAAGCAGCUCGCCAUGCUUGGCGUCGCCAAGGACCUUGGUGACGCCGUCGGGUUCAUGACCGGGCUUCUUUGUGAGAUCUUGCCCAUCUGGGGCGCGCUUCUUGUGGGUGCUGCUUUGAACCUUGUGGGAUAUGGCUGGGUCUGGCUUGUUGUCACUUCUCAAGUCCCUGUCUUGCCUCUCUGGGCUAUGUGUGCUCUUAUCUUUGUGGGAACAAAUGGUGAAACCUACUUCAAUACAGUUUCUCUGGUGUCUUGUGUACAAAAUUUCCCCAAAAGCCGGGGUCCUGUGGUGGGAAUUCUAAAGGGCUUUGCUGGGUUGAGUGGUGCAAUCUUGACUCAGAUAUAUGCACUGUUCCAUGCCCCUAAUCAAGCAUCACUAAUAUUUAUGGUUGCUGUUGGUCCAUCAUUGGUAGGAAUAGGUCUUAUGUUCAUUGUUAGGCCUGUUGGGGGUCACAAACAAGUUAGGCCAUCAGAUGGCAAAUGCUUCACAUUGAUCUAUGGUGUGUGCCUUCUAUUGGCUGCAUAUUUGUUGGGAGUCAUGGUUGUCCAAGAUUUGGUUGAAGUGAGUGAAACUGUAAUCUCUAUAUUCACUGGGGUUCUCUUGUUGAUCCUCCUUGUCCCAAUCGUUAUUCCUAUUACAUUGAGUUUUGGCCCGGAGCAAAGGCAUCCAGAGGUAGAAGCACUUCUUCCACCACCACAGAAUAAAGAAGCAGGGAAAUCUCAGCUGGAUUCUGAUGAAGUGAUACUGAGUGAGUUGGAAGAUGAGAAGCCUAAGGAAGUUGACAUGCUCCCUGCAUCAGAGAGGCAGAAACGUAUCGCGCACUUGCAACAAAGACUGCUCCAAGCAGCUGCAGAAGGAGCAGUGAGGGUUAAGAGGAGAAGAGGACCACACAGAGGGGAAGAUUUCACCUUGACACAAGCAUUGAUCAAAGCAGACUUUUGGCUUCUUUUCAUUUCCAUGAUCAUGGGUUCUGGAUCCGGGUUGACUGUAAUCGACAAUCUGGGUCAGAUGAGCCAGUCUCUAGGAUAUGACAAUGCACAUAUAUUUGUCUCCAUGAUCAGUAUUUGGAACUUUCUUGGCCGUGUCGGAGGAGGUUACAUAUCUGAGCUUGUUGUGAGGGAUCAUGCAUAUCCAAGGCCAGUUGCAUUGGCUGUAUUUCAACUCAUUAUGACUCUUGGGCAUGUUUUCCUUGGUAUGGGAUGGCCAGGGUCAAUGUAUGUUGGCACUUUACUAGUUGGACUUGGUUAUGGAGCUCAUUGGGCAAUUGUUCCAGCUACAGCCUCUGAGUUGUUUGGUUUGAGAAACUUUGGUGCUUUGUACAAUUUCAUUACUAUAGCAAACCCUGCAGGAACACUGGUUUUCUCUAGUCUCAUUGCCAGCACCAUCUAUGAUGCUGAAGCAGAGAAACAACAUCGCCAAAAUAUGAUGUUGCGUGUGCUGAAUGCUAGUGAGCCUCUAAAGUGCGAAGGUUCCGUAUGUUUCUUCCUAACUUCCAUGAUCAUGGCAGGAUUAUGCGUGGUUGGAGCAGGCCUAUGCAUGGUUCUUGUGUUAAGAACAAGGAUUGUUUAUGCCAACCUAUAUGGAAAAGCUUCUUCUAGUAGACUUCGAUUAUGAGAGUUUGGACUAUGUAUUUUGGUGUCUGUAUACUUGAGAAAUCAGUGUUGCUGAUUUUAAUUCAAGAAUGAUUGAAGAAGCUGAGCCAAGCAUCUGAUCUGAAUCUGUCUCCAGUGUGGAAAGCCAAAGAAGGGAUAAUUUUACUCAAAACAAAAGAAGAAAAAAAAAGUGUGUUUUGUCAAAUCUGUAUUCUUUUCCAUUUUUGUUGUGUUAUAUUCUUUCCUUUUGCAAGUAAAAGUUUGAUUGGCAUUGAAAUUUGACACUAAUAGGUUUCUACCCUUAUUCUAUCAGAAAACUUGCAAAAUAUUCCACUUGUUUUGUUACUAAGAAAACAAAAAAAGUUGUUCUCAUUAGUGGUAGAUUAUGUACUUUUAUUUUAUUAAAAAUUUUGACCGGAUAUUCCACAAGUAUCAAUGAAAGACUAUGAUUAGGUAGAGUCUUUUUA